UUUAACAUCUCUUAAAAUGAAUAUUACUAUCUUUAUUAACAAGUACUUGUUACUUUUUGCUAGUCGUCGUCAUGUUUUGGCCGCGUUUGUUUGGUACGCUGUGUUUCCUAUGGUGCGUAUCAUUUGCUGGGAUGAAGCAUUGCGCUUUUGCAGUUUUAGGCAGCCGACCAUGGUUUUGAGUGUCUGUAUAUGUAGCCUAGUCAAUGGCCGCUGGAGUGCGCAAUUAUCUCAGAUGAUUAAAUUCACCUUUCUAAUCCAAUUCUGUUGUGAUUUGGAGAACCGAAAUAGCAUCGUAUCCACAAUUAGAAGAUCCGAGAUAAGUCCUCUAAUCUUGGAUGUGUUACGCGACAUACGAAAAACACCCUCUUGGAGAACCCUGGCUAACGCAAUCAUAAGAACUCGGUUAUUGUGUCCUCCUUUGAAGUAGUUAUUUUAUGUUUUUUUUUGAUAAUUGGAGAGUUUUUUUCAUUAGUUUUUCCCCCUUUGAAAUAUAAUGGUUUCAUGUUCCGCUUAUACUAAUGGAGUUUCUUUACAUGAAGUCAUUGUAAUAAAUAAAGAACAAAUCUAAAGUCCAUAUAUAAAUUGCAACGCGUGAACAGCGGAGUAUUUCUGCUUAUACUGACCCAUGCAAAGACAUUGCGGCGGUAAUUACUUAUUUCAUUCGGUUAAAUACAGUAGUUCGAACUAAAUAAAUUUAGCGUUUUCCGACACCAGGUGAUUGUAAUUGUAUAGUAAAUUGAGAUGCACCUGUGUCAGAUAUUAAUAGGUUUUUUGUGAUGUGUUUGGAAAUACUUAAUGGCGAUAGGUUGGUUAGGGACAUUGGUUGUCUAGUCUUUGGCUUAUGGUGGUGUGAAUAUGUUGCUGUUUUGCACAGUAGCAUGUUGUUUUAUUCUCUUUUUAUGUGCACCCCAGUUGGUUGAGGCCAGAGUAGGUGUGUAUGGCAGUGGUAGUCCAAAUCACAGUGACCUUUCCAUGGAGCAGCAGCUCUUAGAGAAAGUGCCAGCAGUUGAGGUGCUCAGGCCAGGAUCAUGGGACAAUGAGACUAAUGGCACCCUGCCCAGAUUGUGGUCCUAUCACUUUCUUCCUGUGUUUCUGCAAGCAGAGGCUCCUCUUUUAGAUGUAGAGCUCCUCAGGCCUGUUGUUGGCAGAAGACCUAUACCUAGCAGUAUAACACGUCUUCUGGUUCCUCCAUUUAAUUUGUGGCAUGGUUCAAUGGCUCCUGUCCAGAACCCAAAAGGAGUAGAGGUGUGGUGUGGUUCCAACAAGCUCUCAGUGCGUGUGAAUAAGCAAUUGCUAGGCUUUAGGUCUGUGUCAUCCAUGAUAUACCUGGGAACUUGUGGUGUUACUCAAUCUACUAAAAACUACCAUUACUUCCAAUACAGCCUUAAUCAGUGUGGAACUAAGCGAAUGACAAUGAAUGGGCACCUGGUGUAUUCAAACAUGCUCCGUUAUAGCCCUGAAGUUGAUGGACCAGUUAUGAGAGCUCAGCCACUUUCACUGUCCAUACAGUGCCACUACAACAGGUUUCACUACACUUACAAGGUUGGUUACUUACCUGAGGUAAACAAAAGCACCCUCUUCAAGAGUCUUAAGAGCAAGCGUACAUUUAAGCUCAUUGCUUACAAUGCACGUUGGGAGAGUCCUCUGGCAAAUGAAGGAUUUGUACUUGGUGAACCUAUAUACUUUGAGGCCAGCACAAAUUUUAUAGCCAAAAAUGAGCAAGUGUUUGUAAACUCUUGUUAUGCUUCACCGUCAAAGAAACCGGCAUCUAUGCCUCGGGUGGAUGUUAUUAAGAAUUUUGGGUGCAUGGUGGACAGCAAGAGGAGGAGGAGUCGGUCCAAGUUUCUUUCUUACAAAAUGAAUGUCCUACGAUUCACAAUCGAUGCAUUUGCUUUUCCAAAUAUUUCUGCAAAGCAUCUCUACCUGCAUUGUUCAAUUGCUGUUGGGAAGAGAGCUGUGACUCAAAGUGCUAAGUCAUGCAACUUCAACAGGAAAUCCAAAAGCUGGGAGGAGCUGCAUGGGCCAUCCUCUGUGUGUUCCUGCUGUGAUUAUGUGUGUGGUGGAGAAUUUAGAAUUGACACUGUGGCCCCAUCUAUAAAUACUAUGAUCACUAAUGGGCCAUGGAUGAUCUCCAGACAAGGCCAUGAUAUAGUGGUGUUCCCUGUAAAUGAGGACAAUACUGUGGAAGCCAAGAAGGUGCCACUACUGAAAGAUCUUUCAAAGAAGACUUGGGAAGAUCCUCUAGAGAAGUUGGUGGGAGAGCCUUCUAUGUGGCAGGAGAAAUAAGAAGAUGAAAUAACUAGUUCCUGGAAGUAGCUGGCAAAUAUUGGGGAUGGUAUUCCAUUAAAUAAAAAGGACCAUCCCACCCUGGACUCCUAUGAGGAACAUUUUCAAUUCAUUAAAGUUACUAUUUCCCUCUACUCAUUGGCUUCUUAAACAUCAAUCCAUCUUCAUAGAGCCAAGACUUUCUUAGUCUCAGCCUCAGACUGGGGAGAAAUCAAGUUUUGAGUAUGUUAGUUUCUGAAUUGAUGAUCUUGUAGCUCUAAUCAGUUGAACUAUCCCUAUGGACCGUGUGUACUCUCUCUCCUGCUACUGUUGCUUAAUGGGACUUUGCAAUAGCACCUCUGUUAAAUUAGGUUAAAGCCUAGGGAAUUUAUUUUGGGUGCCUGUACUGAAAUGUUUGACUUAUUACACAAGAAAAUAACUAAAAAUCCUAUGGACAGGCAGGUUUAUAGAGGACACAGUCAAUGGGUGUCCUCUAUACGGUAUACCUGCCUGUCCAUUGACUGUGUUCUCAUUUUAAACUAGGUGUCUUCCUCUUCUCUCCCCCCCGCCCCCCACCCAUAACCCAGCUGAGGUUAGCCUGAAAUGAAUACUCUGAAAGGUGGUAAAAUAGCGGAAAGAAUUGCCUCCUUGAUUUAAACCGAAUGGUACACUGCUAUUGAAAACUCAUGCAAUAAUAGUUGGAUUGAAUUAUAAUAAAACAUCAUUUUCCAUGC